UGCCAUGGAAGGUCUAGCAAGAACAAACAUUUCAGGACCACAUGCUAGGUAGACAGGCAAAUGAGAAAGGAGACUGAUGCCUACCGCAGUGCCAGUUCUACUGGGAAAAGGACUUGUGGUUGUGGUCAAGCUACAAGGUGCUUCUUGUCAAAGCCAUACAGUGAGGAUGGAGAACAUGAAGAUUACGCAUUUGUGUCUUCCAGGUUUUAAAUUCCCUCCUAGUGAAUGAAAUACUUGCAGGCCUAGUCUGUAUCAUCCAUCAGUAUCCCACCAUGCUGCCAUGGUCAUCUUCCAGAAGUCAUGAAAGUAGGUGGCUGAGAAGGAAGGUUUUGUCUCUCUCCAAUUUUUCGCUUCUGGACUUGAUGGAAGGUGCAUAAAUAUUUGUAAUCAUCGGUUUCAGGGGUGGAGUAGAGAAGUCCUCCAUCUUUGAUCUCCAGGGAAGGAGCUGUCCUCUUUUUGCCUGCUCCACUUCCGAAGUCACUUUGCCUGCAAAGUAAUCAGGUAAUUCGAGAGAUUUCUGUAGAUCAAUUAGCCAGUUCACCAUCUUUUCAUGGCUAAAUAAUAUAGAAAAAGCAUGUUGAAGAGUCUAUAUAUAUAUAUAUAUAUAGAUUUGUGUGUUUGUAAUCAUAGCUUGUUCUAGGGAUGCUGCCUCAUAGAAUUUACAGUGGCUUUUGGCGGCUCUUUGGAUAGGUAGAUGCUAAUUCUAAUAAUCCACGGCAGGCUGUUCUGUCAUAGCAGUCAUUCAUGUGCCUUUGUGGGCUUCCUCUGUCAUCAAUGACUUUUGUCUCAGAGGAACACAGUACCUGUGGAUUCAUGUUGAUCCCAAUGAUGACAAGGUGACAAGAGGAACACAGUACCUGUGGAUUCACGUUGGAAACUUUCAAAUUGCCUCACAUAAAUCUUUAAUUUUCUCUUUUACACUUUGAGAUGUGCUCUGUUAAAAAUGUCCCUUCAUAGCAUGAAAAUUCAUCUGGUUAAAAAUGCAGAAUGAGACAAACUCAGCAAAUUCAAGAAUUAUUAGAUUAAAUUGGGCUUUGGAUUUGGUUGAAGCUUACUCCAUUUUGAGAAUAUUCUUAGUUAUAUAUGUUAGUUUGGCGAGUUUCGUUCCACAUCGGGAAAAUCAGGUUUAUUAUCUCCUAUUGGAAUUAUAAAUAAGGGUCUAGGUUUUGAAGUCAGACGCACUAUAAGAAAAACCUAAGUAUUUAUUUUGAGUUUAAGUCCAUGUUAAAUAGUUUGAGCUUAUAAUUUAGAUUUUUUUUGUUUAAUAGAUUCGGGUGUUUUAUGGUCUAGGAACAUUUUCAUCCGUAGAUGUAGGUCAAUUGAUCGAAUCAUGUAAAUAUGGUGUUCUUGUUGUUUUUAUUUUUUUAUUUUAUUAUUUUUAUUGGGUUGUCAAAAUUAUACUUUGAUAAAUUUUCUGGGGCUAGCUCAUGUCAAAAAAUAUUUUUGAAUUCAUCCCAUAUUAAAAUCACUUCAUCUUCCUCCAACUUAGGUUGGUGGAUGAGAAGAGAAGACAGAGGAUAUGAAUGUAAUUUUACUAAAUGGUAUGGCAUAUGUAACAGUAGUAGUCAUCUUUCAUGUUUCUGGUUAUCCCUUCUGACAACUGUUGCGAGAGGCGAUAUAAAGAGCCAAUUCAGACGUCGCUUUGCAUCUGCUACUGCUAAUUGCCUGCCUCUAAGCCUCGAUCACGGCGGUGGCGGUCACGACGAGGGAGGGAGAGGUCCGUCCCUUUGUCUCACUGGUCUUAUGGAGGGCGGUUACCUCACCGCGGAGAAGCCCUCGUACCGGCGCACCCUCGUGAUCCAGGUCGCCCUCUGCCUCGCCCUCUACGCCGCCUUCCACAUUGGGACCCCCCAGCCGCCCCCCGCUUCCUCCCCCGGCGGCGCCCGGCUCGGUGGGAAGCCGGCGGAUCUCUACUUCAUGAGCGUGAGGGGCGGCGUGAGGACGCCGCGAGAACAAUCGCAGCUCCUCGAACAGAUGGAGAAGGUAGCAAAAACCUACAGAGCAAGCUUUGUGGUGAACAUUGCGGAACUUGGGGACCGUGAUCCACUCUUGCAGAAUGCCACUUUGCAUUUUCCACGGGAGAUUCCCUGGUAUACAACAGCUGCUUCUGGUGGACAAAUGAUGGGAAGCUUCUUGAAGAGAAUCAGGUUACCAUAUGAGCAAACACUAGACAUCAUUGGUACAGGGUCUUUGCAGGACCUUUCUUAUGAAGAGCAACUAAACAAAAAUGGAACUAACAACUUGCAUUGGAUGCGGAGGAUGUUAGCAACAUCGAACAGUACCUGGCUCAUUGUCGUCGGGUUUGAUCCGAUGACAAUUUGUGAUGAGAAGGAAGCAACAAGAACCAUAAAGUUUAACAAGCCUCUACACAAUGUCUUUUUGGAAUUUGGAGUGGAUGCCUACCUGAGCAAGCAGGGCUGUGCCGGUUACUUUUACCACGAUGAAGGCAUCGCGUACAUGGGGAACCCAGGUCCUGCAGACAAAUUAAACAGAGCUUUAUCAAUAAAUGUGAAUCCAGAUGUUCUCAGUGAACUGCACAAUGGUUUCUUAUUACACAGAGUUAGUCCACUGGAGAUGGAAUCCUACUUCAUUGACUCCUCGGGUAGGAUAGCUCUUAAAACCAUGAUUCGCCACCGUGGAAGAGGGGCUAUAUGAAUUGGUCCCAAGACAUUGGAUUUCUUGUUCAUAGUCAAGAAAUGUUCUCGAUCUCAAGACGAGUCAUUUGAGUCAUGGUGGCAUCUGUAAACAUUCGCAUCUCUGCAUUUUGUUAGCUUUUUGCCAGUUGUUGUUCAUAAAUAAAAAUUUACUUGUCCUC